AUACCACUUCCAGUAUGGAGACCCAUCAGUCUGUACAGCCGGCGGGGGAGCCACAGUCAACACCUGCGGGGGACAGUUCAGCAACACCGAGUCAAAAUGGCCUGGAGAAGCAAGAUGAUCAGGAUUCCUCAACCCCACUCCCAGCACCGGAGGAGGAGGCAGACAUGCAGCCUGAACGGGGAGCCCAUGAUCUCUCUGAAGAGUUGAACCGACAACUGGAAGACAUCAUCAACACGUAUGGGUCUGCUGCCGGCACGGCAGGGAAAGAGGGUCCCACCACGGCCAAGGAGCAGCCUGAGAACACAGAAUCACCUGACAAUGAGGACGGGGACUGCGAGGAGACCACUGAAGAGACUGAGAAAGAACCUGCGGCCUCUGGAGAGCCACCCGCAGCCAAAGAGACUGUCGGCAAUAAAGAGCAAAAACUGGAGAAGAAAAUUCUAAAAGGAUUAGGCAAAGAAGCCAACCUGCUAAUGCAAAAUCUGAAUAAGCUGCAAACUCCUGAGGAAAAGCUUGAUUUUUUAUUUAAGAAGUAUGCCGAAUUGCUGGAUGAACAUCGCACUGAGCAAAGGAAGUUAAAACUCCUACAAAAGAAACAGGCACAGAUCCAAAAAGAAAAGGACCAGUUACAAAGUGAACAUAGCAGAGCUAUCCUCGCCCGAAGCAAACUGGAGAGCCUGUGCCGGGAGCUGCAGAGACACAACAAGACACUGAAGGAGGAAACCCUUCAGCGGGCACGUGAGGAAGAAGAGAAAAGGAAGGAGAUCACAAGUCAUUUCCAGAGCACUCUAACAGAUAUUCAGGCCCAGAUUGAGCAGCAGAGUGAGAGAAAUAUGAAGCUCUGCCAGGAGAACACAGAGCUCGCAGAGAAACUGAAAAGCAUCAUUGAUCAGUAUGAGCUCAGAGAGGAGCAUCUGGACAAAAUAUUUAAACACAGAGAACUGCAGCAGAAGCUGGUGGAUGCAAAACUCGAGCAGGCGCAAGAAAUGAUGAAGGAAGCAGAGGAGCGACACAAACGCGAAAAGGAAUAUUUGCUGAACCAGGCAGCAGAGUGGAAACUUCAGGCCAAAGUGCUGAAGGAACAAGAGACAGUCCUGCAGGCUCAGCUUACUCUCUACUCCGGAAGGUUUGAAGAGUUUCAGAGCACACUGACAAAAAGCAAUGAAGUGUUUGCCACUUUCAAACAGGAAAUGGAUAAAACCACUAAGAAAAUGAAGAAGCUGGAAAAGGACACAGCCACGUGGAAAGCUCGGUUUGAGAACUGUAACAAAGCUCUGUUGGACAUGAUUGAAGAGAAAGCACUGAGAGCUAAAGAAUAUGAGUGCUUCAUGAUGAAAAUUGGAAGGCUAGAGAACCUCUGUCGUGCUUUACAAGAGGAAAGAAACGAACUCUAUAAAAAAAUUAGAGAAACGAAAAUGCCUGAAAGGGAUGACCAAGGUCAGCACCCCUCUGAUGACGACGAGCCAGAGUCAAAUACCUUUGCGAGUGAAGAAGCUGACGCGGAGGAAGCCAACAACGUUCACAAGGCUGUGCAAAACCUGGCCGCAGCCUUCAAGGUCAUUCAUCAUUCAGCGUCAACGCUCGACACGUCCAAAGAAAUCCAACCGGAAGUCGGCAGUCCUACCGCGGGCGUCGGCACGGCCCUCAAGGGGUCAGAACCAGCCCCUCUCAGUCCAGCAUGCUGUUCAGCGUGUCCCCUGCCUUCUCCAAGGUUUCAGGCUGAUGCUGAGACUGAGGGAGGCGGUGAGGCAGAACCUGCCCUCAGAGCGGAGUCAGGAGCAGAGGCCCAAGACGAUGGCGCCCCUGCUGGAGCACAGGCUAAUCUGCAGCCCCGGAAGCCAGAGGCAGCAGCUUCCGGUCAGGCCCCGGAACCCCCGGCAGAGGUCUUUCUACGGGUGAUGGAGGCCGGCGGUCCUGCCCCACCGCCCGCAGCGGGAGAGCACAUGCCAGCUGGGGAGUCUGGAUGUGAGCCCAGGAGGCAGCCCCCAGCAGCAGCAGCAGAGCGGCUGCCAGAAGGGACCUCAGCUGGGCCCCCGCUGCCCAAAGUUGCCGACGCCAAUCUGGAAGGAGUAGACUAAGCCUCCUCUGCCUUCGGAGGCUGUUCUUCCUGACUUUACAUCGUUGUAACAGAUUGUCUCCUGAAAGAGGCAUUAAGGGCUAGGGACGUCUAACGGAAGACCCUUAGUUAGAAUCAAGACAUUUUAAAAUGUUAUGCAGCGUACUUUCAGCUUUUGCUAUUUGUUCUCAAUUUGCAGCUGUUUUGGAGCUUUUUAACACUGGUUGAUAGUAUAAUUUUCACAAAUGGCAACAAAAUAUACGAGUAACAAAUGUAUAUUAAUUUGACAUUAAGAUGGCACUUAAUUCAGUUUCUUAAUCAACAGUAAGAUUUGAUGUUUAAAGGUUUCCAGUACAAUAUAUAAAAACUGAAAAUGUGAUGCUUUAUUUCCAUAGCUUUUAAUAAGUUCCAUAGUCAGUAAUGGAUGACCAU